CGAGAGGGCUGUUCGGUCAACACGCGUAGCCCUGAAUACAUCUAUCUUAUCUGAUGGGGAGUCAUAAAAUGGCUUUCCAAAUAUUUGUGUUACAAUUUCAUCCGACGUCCUGAUUCUUACAUGACUUUCCACCUUGCGUCUCAGUUUUCUUGUCACCUUUGAGAAGUUUCUGUCGUGCCAGUCGUGUAAUUUUAAUUCGUUAAGCACCGAUUAUUUGGCGCUGAAAACUUCUUUUUUACAUCGACCUUGUUGCGGAGUUUUCAAAAGUAGACGUCAGUUGCCGAUAAGUUGCGAAUUGAAUAGCUGAUUAAUGUUAAAAAAAUCCUGUGUAAAAGCAGUGUUAAGUGAUAUUGUAUUUGAAAAGCGGGCAAUUUUGCAACGGUGUUUUGUAAUUAUAGGUUAUUCAACAUUAACAAAUUCAAUUGGGUAUAAGAUGAAGUUUAGCCACUAGUCAAACAUUUAUAAUCACAGAAGGUUUUCAUUUCACGAGUAAAAUAAUUAUUCCAACUAAAUGAAGAUUGUGGAGUAAUACAUUUAUACUGAGUUAUGUCAACAAAUAGCUUCUUUAGAUGUCACUCUUAAUUUUUUGCUAAAUCAGAGGAGUUAUUAAGUAUAUUUGGACACGCCUUGGCAUUCUCAAAAUUCGCAUAAAUUUAAAAUUUGUAGAAAGUCAUGGACCGUCAAUGAAGACUUUAUUAUUAUCAGAAUAACUGUCCAUAAUUGGUAAAAAGACACAUAAUGCAAACGUUACCUCAAAGAGGAACUACUCGUGGCAUUUCUCUAAGCGGUUUUCAUGUGGGCGUUAUAACUUCAGGAUUCUGACCCGAUAAAAUAUCUUCGACUUCUUCGAAUCCCCACACGUGACGCACAUACAUCAUGCAGCCACAUUUCGGGAAGCGGGUGAACACGAUCUCGGAAAUGCUCAAUUUCCAGAAACCCAGGAAAAACAUGGUGGGCCCGGCGUGGAACAAAAUGAUUCCAAGAUACGAAAACGAUGGCCGCGGCAUGCACCACUACUUCCGAUGGGUCCUCCUGUGGGCCUCCUGCGCCGGGGUCUUCCCUGUCAGCGGCGUCCACCACGAGAACGUCUUCAAGCUGAGCUUCAGCUGGCUCUCGCCCUUCACCGUCUACUCGGUCGCCCUCCUCACCGGCUACGCCACCAUCGAGAUCAUCUCCCUCGAUUACACCAUCCGCAACCUCAACGAGGACAGCCUCACCGCCAAAGGAGGGUUGAAAAAAGCGACUUCCGGUAGUAUUUUCUACGGAAACGCAUGUAUAGCAACUUGCCUUUUCAUCAGCCUGGCGAGACGAUGGCCUGGCCUUGUGAGAGAGUGGCGAGGGGUUGAAAUAUCCAUGGCCCGUUUCGGAUCCCCAAAAUUAGGUUGGCGUUUCGCUAUGUGCACCAUUCUGCUCAUGGGACUGGCUUUUACGGAACACGGACUUCAUAAUUGGCUGAAUACACGCCCGGGUAGUAAAGAUGACAUUGCCGCGAUGUCGUUCAACUCCACCGGAGAAUCAGCAGAGAACGAUGCACCUCAUUUGAUCGACCAAUCGCUCACAUUCAAGGGGUACUUGGAGCGAUUCGCACUGAAGACUCACUGGUACUUGUUCACGAGUUUUAGAGAUUAUCACCCGAUCAAAGGUUUCAUCGUCAUGUGGCUGAGCUUGUCCGCCACUUUUUUAUGGAAUUUCACGGAUCUGUUUAUAAUGCUUGUCAGCACCGCCCUAGCUGCACAAUUCAAGCAGUUGACAGUCGCUCUCAGAGGUAUUCGAGGCAAGAUGCUGUCGAUGGUGGAAUGGCGUGAGUACCGCGAGACGUACACCUCGCUGACGCACCUCGUCAAGACGGUCGACGAGAACAUCAACACCAUCAUCACGCUCUCGGUCGCCGGGAACGUCUACUUCAUCUGCGCCCAGCUCAUCACCGAGAUCGAUUCUAUCACCCAUAGUUACUUCCGGACGUUAUUUUAUUUGUACUCCUUCCUGUUCCUGGUUUUCCGCACGACGGCCGUAGUCAUGUUGGCUGCAGAGAUCCACGACGAAAGCUCCAAAAUCGUCCCAGAGCUUUUUUUCUGCCCGUAUCAGAGCUACUGUCUAGAGACGCAGAGAUUCCUCCAAGAGGCCACUUCCGAUUACGUCUCGCUGACCGGCCUGAAUAUGUUCUCGGUUACGCGAAACUUCUUACUCGGGAUUGUUGGCGCGAUUUUGACUUACGAGAUUGUCCUGAUUCAAUUGCAACAACCUAAAGAGAAACCGGUAGUUGUGAUGGGAAAUUUUUAAUCUACUCAAAAUAGUCGCUGUCAAAAUUCAAUCUCGCUGACCCAUUCGCACACUAGACAAACUGCAUUGAACACGCAUUCUGUCAAUUUCUGUUUAUAAAAAACAAAAGGUUUUGUUCCUUAAGUUCCUUCCUUUAAUAAAAGUUACAUAUUAUGCUCUUCUCAGGCACAAAAAAUAAAUUAUUUACAUAGUAAACUCUGAUUCGUUCCUUUG